GCACAACCUCCACCCGGAAGAAAAGGCCGCAACCAGCCCGUCCGCUGCCCUGGCCUCCUCUCUCGCCAUCCGCGCUUUGCCUGCUCCGUCGCCAGCGCUGCUGUCGAGCCCGUCGGAGAGCAUAAUGUCGCAUCCACACCAGCCGCUCAACCGCCAGGGCGCAAAUGAGCAGACGGUCCACAGUAUCGCCUUCCUGCAGCCCCAACUCUAUGCCGAGAGCCCCCUCUGGUUCGCCGUCCGCUCGGGCAACCUUACGAAACUCAAGGAGGCCAUCCGUCGCCAAAGGAUCACCACCGAGUAUCUACUGACCGAAGGCGGUCGUGGUCCCGAGGGCGAAACCCUUCUUCAUGCCGCCGUCCUGUUUCUGCCAACCGACGAGAGCCUGGAGGCCGACAGCCCCUUCCCCGACCCUGUGGAGGGCCAGCCUAACCAGCGCUCCGUCGCAAAGUAUCUGAUCGAUACCUUUGGCCCCGACCUGGUCAACGCCGUCUAUGCCCACGACCGAUAUCGCGACGAGACCGCCCUGCACCUCGCUGUGGUCAAGGGCGACCUCCAAAUGGCUGCCUAUCUCAUCCGCAACGGCGCCAAGGUCAACUGCAGUUCCGUCUCGGGCUACAGCUUCCUUCCCGACGAAGUCAUCGGCGACAGCCGCAAGGGCGCCGCGCCAGGCUAUAUGUAUUAUGGACCCUCGGUGCUGUCUUUCGCUGCUGUCGCAGGACGCACCAAGGUCGUCAAGUACCUCCUGAGCCUCGAAGGAAACAGCAAGCCCGAUGUUCUUGCCGUCGAUGACCAGGGCAACACCGUUCUCCAUGUGUUGGCCUACUGGGGUCUGUUCUCGGACAGCCAGGACGGCUCCGCCGAGUCGUGCUGGGAUGUCAUCUUCAACUAUUGCACGGACAACCUCGAGCCUGCAAUCCACCCCUCCCGGCACAAGAACAACAAUGGCCACACCCCUUUCCUCACCGGUGUCGUGCGCAAGCACAUCAACGCUCUCGAGUCCAUCAAGGUUCCUCUUUGGGAGUUCGGCAUGGUCAGCUCGUACAUGUAUCCGAUCGACGAAAUCGAUACCUGGAGAGACCCGUCCGACGUUGAUCAGGAUACCUCUUCGGCGCUGGAGAUCGCUAUCGCCAACGCGGACUCUGAUAUGCUGAUGCAUCCCAUGAUGAACCUCGUGUUGAGAAUCAAGUGGGAGAAGUAUGCCAAGAAAAUCUUUGUCAAGGAUUUGGCUCUCCACAUCUUUGUGGCCAUCUGCAUCACCGUCUCGAUUGCUCUCCUGCCCCCGAACCACGGCGACUGGAACACCUACAGCACCGGCGACGCUAAGAGCAUUGUUCGCGCCUGCUUUGAGGUCGCCAGUGUCCUUGGCAUUCUCUUCAUGCUCCUUCGCGAGUCGAUCCAAGUCAUCCUCGAAGGAUACCGAUAUUGGACCGGCAGUAUGUGGGACCAGGUCGAGGCCUUUUCGAUCUGGGCAUUCAUCCUAAUGGGCAUCGCCGUGACCGUUGUGCGUCCCAUGACGAUCGGGAGUGCCGCCGUCAACACCAAGUUCGACACCAUCGGCAUCGAGCUCCUGUCGUUCCUGGCCUGGAUGUUUACGCUCACAUACUUCAAGGGCUUCCCCCGACUCGGUACCCUGGCGGUUGUCUUCCACCGUUGCGUCUCUGGCGAUCUGCUGAACUGGGCGGCCAUCUAUGUUGUCUUGUUCCUGUCCUUUGGACAGAUCUUUAUCCUUCAAACCCGCGACAACAGUGGCAACGCCAUCACCGGAUGGGGAAGCUACGGCGUCUCGCUCCUCAACAUCUUUGGCUACAUGUUCGGCCAAGGCUCUCCCAUCAGCGACUUCCAGCAGAGCCAGGACCACGAGUACACCCUCGCGGCGUAUUUCAUCUAUCAAACCGCCUCGGCGAUCGUGCUUCUGAACGUGCUGAUUGCCAUGUUCAACACGACUUUCUCCAAGAUCUAUGACGAUGCCGAGACUCAGUGGCAUCUGCAGUGGGCCAGCAUGAUCAUCCAGCUCGAUCGUCGCCUCCACAACGAGAGCGCCUCGCCCAGUGGUGGUAGUGCCAUCAUCCACGGCCUCCAGCGUCUGAUGGGACCACCCAAAGUCCAGCUCGGAACCAAGAUUCCGUUGACCAGGGCUGAUGGAUCCUUUGUUGGAAGCCGCCCUGAUCGACCGAUUCCCCCCGAGAGCGUGCGUGCCUAUGCCCACUACUUUAUUGUCCGUGCACGUCUGGCGACCGACAACGAGGGCAAAUAUGUGCAGACGCCAACGCCCAUCAAGGUCAUCACGGGCCGUGAGGAAUACCGUGUUCCCGAGACCCGCAUGAAGAUCUGGAGCUCGUGGUCCGUCGUCACUUCCAAGAACACCCUCGCCGCGCUCACCCGGACGCUCUCGACCCGCCCCACCCGCGCCAACACAGCCAGCCCCACGCCAGGCAGCAGCAGCAAACACGACGAGCAGCAGCCUUGAGGCUUUUGACAGGGCCUAGACCGCACCGCUCGUAUAUCCAUGACAGAGAUUCGGCUGUCCGCUGUGUCGCCCAGUCGAUAUCAAAGGUCACUGCUGUUUGUCCCAGCCGCAGGGUGUUGCUUCUCUGCGGCCUGUGCUGUUGGCUCAACCUUGAAGAUCGUGGUGACCGCGAGCAUGUCGAAAUGGUCCUAUGGCGCUGGCACAUUGACACCAGCUGUUGAAUACAUCGUAAUGCAGUAAACUGGCAGAGGGAGU